AUGAGCCAGAUAGCGGAGUACUUUAUGAACCACUUGGAUCCAACUGGAUAUGAUACAAGUGACUCUUAUGGAAGUUGUAUUGUAUCGAGUUCUCAGAGUUAUAAAGGCCAGUCUGCCCUAGAACAGUGCCUAUUUGUUCCAAGUUCUUCUUCAUUGCCAUCUUCUCAGCUAUCAGGACUGGUCAAUGCACAACAAACACAGCCAGAUAGCAAGAAAGAGAACAAGAGUUCAUUGAAUACAGCAAAUCCAUGGGAUAAGCAAGUACAGAACAUUCUAAAGUGUACCUUUCAUAUGGAGCAGUUUCGUGGCUCGCAAAUCGACAUAAUUAAUUCUACUUUACAGGGGAAGCAUGUGUUUGUAUUAAUGUGUACAGGUGGUGGUAAAUCACUAUGCUAUCAGUUGCCUAGUUUGGUAACUUUGGGGUAUACAAAGGGAACUACAAUUGUCAUCUCACCAUUGAUUUCAUUGAUGCAUGAUCAAGUAGAAGCUCUCAUAAGUAAAAGGAUUAAGGCAUGUAUGUUGAGUUCAACAAGUAGUUCAAAACAAAAAACAAUGGCUUUACAACUUCUUUCAGAAGGAAAACUAAAUUUAUUUUACAUCUCUCCGGAAAUGGUCAUGGGUUCGUCACCCUGUAAAGGUAUCAUUAGGAGAUUAUAUCGGCAAAAUCGGUUGGCAAGACUAGUUAUAGAUGAAGCACAUUGUAUAUCUAGUUGGGGACAUGAUUUUAGACCAGAAUAUAAAAAAUUGGGUCAGUUGACCAAAGAGUUUGACGGUGUUCCUGUAAUGGCGCUUACUGCAACAGCGAACGACAAUAUUCAAGAAGAUAUAUUGAAAAUCUUAAACCUGAAGAAUGUUGUUGUUUUUAAAGAUAGCCUUAACAGAAAGAAUUUAUACUAUGAAGUUGUGCAAAAGAACUCCAGAACAAUAGAAUACAUGACUUACUUACUCAAGACAGAAUUUCAUGGUCAAUCAGGUAUUAUAUACUGUAACUCAAAGGCAUCUUGUGAAAAAGUUAGUAAAGAACUAAACCAAGCAAAUAUCUCGAGCGAAUUUUACCAUGCAGGAAAGACGGCUAACUCGAGGUUAAAUACUCAAAGAAAAUGGCAACAAGGUACGAUUCAAGUUGUAUGUGCUACUAUUGCUUUUGGGAUGGGAAUUGAUAAAGAAAAUGUACGAUUUGUGUUUCAUUAUGACAUACCAAGGUCUAUGGAGGGUUAUUACCAAGAAACCGGAAGAGCAGGUAGAGAUGGGAAUCCUUCGAAGUGUAUCUUGUUUUUUUGUCUUCAAGACGUUAAUCGGUUACAGAUAUUAAUACAGAGAGAAAAUGUUUCAGCUUUGCAGAAGGAACACAAUUUGAAAAAACUACAAGACGUACUAGUAUAUUGUCAUAAUAAAGUGGACUGCAGAAGAUUACAGAUACUUGAAUAUUUUAAUGAGGAGUUUUUUCCCAGUAAUUGUAUGAAAACUUGUGAUAAUUGCAAGAAUAUUGGUGUUUCGACCAUUGAGCAAAAGGAUUUCACACAUUAUGCGAAACAGAUACUGUCUCUGCUGCGAAAGCUAGGAAACGAGCGUAUCACUACCAAUCAAUGUCAGGACAUCUUUAGAGGAUCAAAUAACAUGAAAACCAGAUUUUCAGGUUAUGAUAAUUUUGAAGAGCAUGGAUCAGGUAAGGACUUAACCAAAUCUGAAACGGAUAGAUUAUUUGUUCAUUUAUUGAAGACGGGAUAUGUUUGUGAGUAUUUUUUUACAAAUAGCAUGGGUUAUUCAACAAAAUAUCUAAAACUCCCUGAUCCUAUUAAAGAGAUUAAGGGCAAAGUAAUGUUAAACUCUUUAAAAAAGCAAUAUAAAGCCAAGAAGAAGCAGGAUAUUGACGUUGAUAAUUCACAGUCAAGGAUUGACACAUUUAGUAGUUCUCUCAGUCUUUUUAAAUGCCAUCAAAACUCCAGUUUCCAAAGUGAGGAUGUUUCAAUGCAAAACUUGUUAUCUGAAAAUUCUCAGAGUAUGCUAGAUGACAAUAGCAGUCUUAUUUUUGAAACUAUUAACUCUUGCAUUAGUACAAAUUUGUAUUGCACAGAGGAGAAAGAAAAUCACAAGCAUCCAAAAAGAAAAAAAAGAAAGUCUGAAACUCUUCCAUUUAAAAAACGGAAGAAGAGUUGA